AUGGGCCGCUCGAAAGCGUCUCGCCGCUCGCUGUCGCCCACGUCGUCCGCGACGUUGUCGUCGCCGUCAUCGUCUCCUGCACACAGACGGAACGUCACUGCCUGUGGUUCGUUCAGUCGCCCGCGUUUCCCAGUCGUUGCACCGCCUGAGUACCCUCUGAAAGCCGCUCGGGUGAUCCACAACGCGAAGAAAAAACAUCGCUCAGACAUUGACCCCGACACGUGGACUCGCGAGGGCUUUGCUGGCUCGGACGUGUGCGACUUGCCGCUGGGCGAGUGCAACUUGAUCAAGCGCGAGCACUGCAGCGAGCUGAGUGUCAAGCGCUUUAUCAACGAGUACGAACGACCGUACGUUCCAGUGGUGAUUGACGGGAUCCCCGAGACUGAAGAGUGGAAGGCUCUGGAGCGUUGGACGCUGAAGCAAUUGCGUCGAGAUUACAAGCACGCCGAGCUCAAGUGCGGCGAAGACGACAAUGGAAAGUCCAUUCGGAUGAAGUUCAGGUACUUUAUGGCGUACGUGAAACGUCAGACAGAUGACAGUCCGCUCUACAUCUUUGACAGUACUUUUGAGGACCAUGAAGACACCAAGCCACUGCUCGAGGAUUAUAAGGUGCCCAAGUACUUUCCAGAAGACUUGUUUUCGUUUGUUGGCGAGGACAGACGACCACCGUAUCGAUGGUUCCUGGUGGGCCCUAAACGCUCAGGUACUACAUUGCAUGUGGACCCGCUUGGCACGAGCGCGUGGAACACAUUACUUGUGGGCCGCAAACGCUGGGUGCUGUUUCCACCGCACGUACCCAAGCGUCUCGUGAAUGGUAAGAGUCACGUGCGUGGCGACGAAGACGACGAGGCUGUCAACUACUUCAUGGAUCUGUUGCCUCGUCUCAAGCGGGCAAGCUCGCCGGAGACACUGCAAUGCAUUGAAUUUAUGCAGUUUCCUGGUGAGACUGUGUUUAUCCCCGGCGGAUGGUGGCACGCCGUGCUGAAUGUGGAUGAUACCGUGGCAGUCACGCAGAAUUUCUGCAGCUCGCAGAACUUCCCUACUGUGUGGCGCAAAACGCGAAGUAGUCGUAAGCGCAUGGCUGUCAAGUGGCUUCAAAAGCUGGAAACCCACAACCCAGAGCUAGCAGCAAUGGCCAUCAAGCUCAAUCGAGACGAUGCAUUUGUCAUGUACAGUAAGGACCGCCGAAGGUAUAAAAGGCCGUCGUCGAGCUCACACAAGAGGAAGAAGAAACACAGCGGACGCGAAUACGAUCCAGAAGAGCGUCUGCACGACUCGCACUAUCAUGGCAAAAAGAAAAGGAGUGCUGCAGACGGCGAGUAA